UCACGCGUUUGAGGGCGUGGAAAUAUGACGUAUUACGCUGUGGGCUGGCGCUGCUGCUGCGGCUAGAGCUGGAGGAGCGGCGGCGAGUCAGUGUGCACUGUGAGGUGAUCACGCUGGAUCCGCUGCAUAUCGCUGUGCCUUCCUCCUCAUCUCCUUCUCCGCGGAACGAGCCUGGCGGGCGUGUGUGAGUCGCGUGGCCCGUCCUCACAGAUCCCGAUGCCCGCGUUAUGUCGCCAUAGAUCAGGUUGAUGGGGCUGCUCAGGAUUAUGAUGCCGCCCAAGUUGCAGCUGUUGGCGGUGCUGACCUUCGGGGUCGCGAUGCUCUUCUUGGAGAACCAGAUCCAGAAGCUGGAGGAUUCCCGGGGAAAGCUCGAGAGGGCAAUUGCUCGCCAUGAAGUACGGGAAAUCGAACAGCGCCACUCCAUGGAUGGCUCCCGGCAAGAAAUAGCUCUUGAUGAGGAUGAUGACAUUUUAAUUAUUUACAACAGGGUUCCUAAGACUGCCAGCACUUCUUUCACAAACAUUGCGUAUGACCUGUGUGCGAAAAACAAAUACCACGUACUUCACAUCAACACAACCAAAAAUAACCCUGUAAUGUCUCUUCAAGACCAGAUGCGAUUCGUCAAGAUUGUAAGCUCCUGGAGGGAAAUGAAACCAGGCUUCUAUCAUGGACACAUUUCCUUUUUGGACUUUGCAAAGUUUGGAGUCAAGAAGAAGCCUAUUUAUAUCAAUGUAAUUAGGGAUCCUAUAGAGAGGCUUGUUUCAUACUACUACUUCCUGCGUUUUGGAGAUGACUAUAGGCCAGGUCUACGCAGGAGGAAGCAGGGAGAUAAAAAGACCUUUGAUGAAUGUGUAGCAGCUGGAGGAUCUGACUGUGCUCCAGAGAAACUUUGGCUUCAGAUCCCGUUCUUCUGCGGCCACAGCUCGGAAUGCUGGAAUGUGGGCAGCAGAUGGGCCCUGGACCAAGCCAAGUACAACCUGGUAAAUGAAUACUUUCUAGUCGGGGUGACGGAGGAGCUGGAGGAUUUUAUUAUGUUGCUGGAGGCAGCGUUGCCCCGUUUCUUUAGAGGUGCCACAGAACUCUACCGUUCAGGAAAGAAGUCUCACCUCAGAAAAACAACAGAGAAGAAGGCACCGUCAAAGGAGACCACUGCAAAGCUUCAGCAGUCGGACAUCUGGAAAAUGGAGAAUGAGUUUUAUGAGUUUGCACUUGAGCAGUUUCAGUUCGUCAGGGCACAUGCAGUCCGGGAAAAAGACGGAGAACUCUAUAUUCUUUCACAGAACUAUUUCUAUGAAAAAAUUUACCCAAAGUCGAACUAAGGACACUGUGUGCUGUUAGUUUAAUGGACUACACCUUUGUUCAUAAGGCUCUAAUUUCAGGCCUGCAGACUCGACCAGUAAUUAUACCUGUGAGACGGUUCAUUGAUAACUCCCUAAGGUUGUCAUUAAAUGAACCAUAUCAAAUGUUCGGCACUAAGAAAAUGAGACCUUGAGGUGAUCUCCUUCUGCCACAAGAUCAUGCUGAUAAGUACAACACGUGAGAGCUCAAUUGUAGCAAAAUGGACACUGGACAGUCUGGAAUUACACUGUACAGAAAAAAAAUGGAACUCUGGAUAUUUUUUUUUUUUUUUAACUUGCAAGUGUCCAAAUGUCUCCUCUCUGAUUUAUUUUGUGUUCAGUUUCAGCUAGCUGUUAUUGAUCAUGUACUUUCCACCUGUGAAUAUUUAAAUACUUCGAAGAGCUCUAUCAGACACUCUGCUGUGUAGCUUGUCCAUUUCUACUUGAUUCGUAUCAAGACGGCUCCCACAUUAUGUCAUCAACAAAGCAGUAUUUUGUAUUUUUAUUUUACCCUUCUAUCUAUAGACAUUAAAGAAAGUGUUACACUUUUUAUGAAUAAAGUUAUUGUUUGGCUCAUCUUACU